AUGACGCCAGAGUGGUCACAAAAUUCCUUAAGAAGAACAUCUUCACGAGAUUUGUUAAGGAAGGAUUGGUCUGUGAAGUUAGAUGAUGUACUGUGGGCAUACCGCACUGCAUAUAAAACUCUAAUUGGAAUAAUACCCUUUCGAUUGGUUUAUGGGAAAUCAUGCCACCUCUCUGUCAAACUUGAACACAAAGAUUACUGGGCAAUUCAGACCCUGAAUUUUGACCUCAAAGCUAUUGGUGAAAAAAGACUCCUACAACUCAAUGAGUUGGAUGAAAUCAAGCAAGAUGGGUAUGAGAAUGCCAUGAUCUUCAAGGAUAAGACCAAAAGAUGGCAUGACAGACACAUAGCAACAAAAGAAAUAAAAAGAAGGAGAUUUUGUUCGGCUCUUCAACUAAAGGUUAAAACUUUUUCCAGGGAAGCUAAAGUCAAGAUGGUCUGA